UCCCCGUUCGGAGAAGCGAGUCUUUGGGAGGGGCCACUUUUUGCCCCCUCCUCUCGCGUCGCCCAAUAGAGAGUGUCUUACCCUCUCCAGCCCCAAAUACCACUCCCCUCGACAAUCACUUUCGCUCUUUGAGAGAAAGAGUGACCACGGGGGGUUGGUUUCGGCCGUGGCACCUUCCUGAUUUCCUGGCCCAGGGCGGUUGUCAUGGUAACCCUUCCCCCCAGCCUAGAGCCCCCCCCCCGCGCGUCUUCCAUCUCCCCCACCUUUGUGGCUAUGGACCCCCACAUACCUGGAGGAGGUGCUAAGGUAAUCUUGGUCCUGAUGGUCCUUCUGCCCCUAACGACCGACCUCGGUUACUAUGGCAUUCCUCCUCACCUAGCACCCAGGUAGAAGAGACCCCGGGCCCCAAGAAGACUAAUGGCUGAGAAGCACCUUUUCCUUAACCCCCCACACCACCCAGUUGGAGUUACCAUGGUAACCAUCACCCUCUUUUCCUUCGUGGGAGGCCCCUGGGCCAAACCAACCAGGUGUUUUUAUUUAGAGGAAGAGAUGCUCUGAUGAGGAGUAGUUGUUAUGGUUACAGGGCCUGGACCAUCCCCAGGGAGGUGAGAAAUAGGCAAAACCAAGCCCUGGUUGCUAUGGUAGCAGGGUCAGUCCCCUUCCAGUGACCCUAGAACCAGGCCCCAGAACCCUACCAAGGUAGGGGACAUUUUAGGAUUGUCUUUUGAGUUGGAACAUGUCUAGGGAAGGGGUUGUCAUGGUAACAGCUUCUGUCACUUCUAGCCCCACCUUUCUGGACACAUUCAUGAGAGGGGAGGUUACAGAUUGCUAUGGUAACUGACAUCCUUCCCACUCCACCCUCUCCCCCUCCUGAGACGCGCCAGGUGGUGCCUGAGCUUAUGGGGCAUCCGGAGAAAGGAUUUCCCGAUCCUCUUGUUGCCACUUUUGUAGAUAAGAUGAAACCGUGCUGUGUACUAAGGAGCCCUGGUGGUGCAGUGGUUAAGCACUCAGCUGCUAACCAAAAAGUCGGCAGCUCAAACCCACCAGUGGAGAAAGAUGUGGCAGUCUGCUUCACUGAAGAUUUACAGCCUUGGAAGCCCUAGGGUCAUAGGGUCACUAUGAGUUCAAAUUGACGUGAUGGCAGUGGGUUUGGUUUUUGGUUUUCAGGUGCUCUAUUCUCCAGAAUUGGCUGAUUUGGGGUUCUCUGGUUCUCCUUCCCACAGCAAUGCAGCUGAGCUGUGCUGGAACCACCCCCCGGGAGUCCCCCCACCGUGCAACCUAGGAGGAUGCCGGGAGGCCCUCCUAGGGCCUGAGGCCAGCCCCAUGCGGCUCACCCGCUGCCAGGCUGCUUUGGCAGCCGCCAUUACCCUCAACCUCCUGGUCCUCUUCUAUGUCUCGUGGCUGCAGCACCAGCCCAGGAACUCCCGGGCGCGGGGCCCCCGCCAUGGGUCAGCCACCAGCCCCCGCGUCACCAUCCUGGUGCGAGAAUUCGAGGCCUUUGACAACGCCGUCCCUGAGCUAGUGGACUCCUUCCUGCAGCAGGACCCAGCUCAGCCAGUGGUAGUGGCCGCUGACACACUCCCCUACCCGCCCCUGCCCCUGCCCCGCCUCCCCAACGUCCGCUUGGCGCUGCUCCAACCCGCUCUGGACCGGCCUGCCGCUGCCUCGCGCCCCGAGACCUACGUGGCCACCGAGUUUGUGGCCCUGGUGCCUGAUGGGGCGAGGGCCGAGGCACCAGGCCAGAUGGAGCACAUGGUAGAGGCACUUCGAAUGGGAGGCACCCGCCUGGUGGCUGCCCCCGUCGCCACGGCCAACCCCGCGCGGUGCCUGGCCCUGAAUGUCAGCCUGCGGGAGUGGACGGCCCGCUACGGCCCGGCCCCCACCGCACCCCGCUGCGAUGCCCUGGACGGGGACGCCGUGGUGCUCCUGCGUGCACGCGACCUUUUCAACCUCUCGGCUCCCCUAGCCCGACCGCUAGGCACCAGCCUGUUCCUGCAGACCGCCCUCCGCGGCUGGGCGGUGCGGCUGCUGGAGCUGCCCUUUGCAGCAGCGCGCCAGCCCCCGCUGGCCACGGCCCACGCGCGCUGGAAGGCGGAGCGCGAGGGGCGCGCGCGGCGGGCGGCGCUGCUGCGGACGCUGGGAAUCCGCCUGGUGAGCUGGGAGGGUGGGCGGCUCGAGUGGUUCGGCUGCAGUAAGGAGACCACGCGGUGCUUCGGUACGGUGGUGGGCGACACGCCGGCCUAUUUGUACGAGGACCGCUGGACGCCCCCAUGUUGCCUACGCGCGUUGCGAGAGACGGCCCACUACGUAGUGGGCGUGCUGGAGGCGGCUGGAGUGCGCUACUGGCUGGAGGGUGGCUCGCUGCUGGGCGCAGCCCGCCACGGGGACAUCAUCCCGUGGGACUACGACGUGGACCUGGGCAUCUACCUGGAGGACGUGGGCAACUGCGAGCAGCUGCGCGGGGCUGAGGCAGGCUCAGUGGUGGACGAGCGCGGCUUCGUGUGGGAGAAGGCCGUGGAGGGCGACUUUUUCCGCGUGCAGUACAGCGAGAGCAACCAUCUGCACGUCGACCUGUGGCCCUUCUACCCCCGCAACGGCGUUAUGACCAAGGACACAUGGCUGGACCACCGGCAGGACGUUGAGUUCCCCGAGCACUUUCUGCAGCCCCUCGUGCCCCUGCCCUUCGCUGGCUUCGUGGCCCAGGCGCCCAACAACUACCGCCGUUUCCUGGAGCUCAAGUUCGGGCCCGGGGUCAUCGAGAACCCCGAGUACCCCAACCCGGCCCUCCGGAGCCUGGCAGGAGGCGGCUGAAGUCAGGGGAGCAUUAGGGCACAGGAAGCUGUCAUCUGGGGUCUUUCUGGGUGUGGAGGAGCUUUGUGUGAUUGGGCGGUGGGGGUGGGGGGAGAAACUGACAAUAGAAAUACAUAAAUCAGAGGCAGGGCACACGAGAGAAGGCUGGCUUUAGCUGAAGGCGAGAACAAGCCUGAGAUGCUCAGAUGAACAGGGCCUUGACCCUGUAGACGAUGGAUACGUGUGGGUACAUCCUGGGUCGUCCUAAAACUGGGGUGACACUGGCAUUUGGUGGACGGGGCCAGGAUGCCAAGCUGCCCCGAAGGGCCCAGCACAGCCCCCGCCAAAAAUGCCAAGAGCCCUCCGUCUGGAAUCUGAAGGAAGGAACAAUUCCCCAUCUGCUGCCCAGAGACCCAGGGAACAGCCGGCACAGGAUCGGGAAGGAGUGUGGAAUCCGGGGCCAGGCUGCGGGAUCAAGUCCGCGCUGUGCCGUUUACUAGUUAGGUGGGCCUGGGCAAGUGCCUCCGGCCCCUCCAAGUGCAGCCAAGUGCCCUCGGUGUCUAGUACACAGUGACCCGCCAGGAUUAUUGGCUGCUGGGAUUGUUUUGGCCACUAGAGGGCGCCGCUGUCCCACUUCUAAUGGCCCAGUGGGGCUGCUAAGUGGAACCAUAAGCUCAGGGCCUGUUCAUGGCCAACACGUCUCUUGAAUCUUUGGUCUUCUCUCUAAGGCCUUCUGGGAGGCGGGGCAUCGAUGACCAUCUCCCCUUCUUCCUCAGAGGGAAGCGGAAUGGGAUCUCCUUGGAGAAGACAGCAGCCUCUCUGACGCGCGGGUGUGGUGAAAAACGGGCUCUGGAUCCCAGCCCUACUCCUUAAUAACUGUUACCUCAUUGUUUUAGCUUCCUGCGCCUGUUUCCUCGCUUACAAGUCGGGGUGACCAAUAAUCAUAGCUCAUACUUAGUGAGCACUUACUGUGUGCAGGCUUUGUUCUCAGUGCUCUGUGUGGAUUAACUGAUUUAUCCCUCAUCUUAAGCCUCUGAGGUGAGAGCUGCUAUUAUUCCCGUCUUACAGAUGAGGAAACUGAGGCCAGAAUGGUAAAGUCACUUGCUGAAGGUCAGACAGCUUAGGAAGUGACAGAGCAGGUACUCGAACCCAGACUGUCAGAUUCUGGAGCCUACACUGUUGACUCGCCCACUAUGCCCUUCUUUGGAGUCCUCGGGUGGUGAAAACAGUUGACGUACUUUGCUGCUAACUGAAAGAAAGGUUGGAAGUUUGAGUUCACCCAGAGGUGCCUUGGAAGAAAAGCUUGGCAGUCUACUUCUGAAAAAAAUCAGCCAUUGAGAACCCUUUGGAGCACAGUUCUACUCUGACACACUUGGGGUCACCAUGAGUUGGAGUCAGCCUGACAACCACUGGUUUAUGGCCCCCUCUUGUAAUGGUAAAGGAGCCUGGUGGUGCAAUGGUUACGCACUCAGCUGCUAACCGAAAGGUUGGAGGUUUGAACCCACCCGCAGUUCCACAGGAGAAAAACCUGUCAACCUGCUCAUGUAAAGGUUACAGCCUAGAAAACCCUAUGGGGCAGUUCUUCUCUGUCACAUGGGGUUGCCAUGAGUCGAAAUCAACUUGGUGACGCCUAACAACAACUAGAAGUGGUAUUCAAGAGGGGCUUUUGGGAGGCCAAACCACUUAGCACGUAGAAGCAAUGGUGUUUUUCUUUUUAUGAUCAUGCACCUAAGAGUAAAUACUGUUAGGGCAUGUACCCCCAGUAUGUGUAUAAUUAUUUAUAAGUCAUAUACAUGCCCGACUAUCAAUCUGUAUAUUAGCUAUAAUGAAACUUAAAUUAUUCCAUCUUAAAAUAAAAAAUAAAUAUAAGUAGAGGCUCUUAUGUUUUCUUGCCUCAGCCCAGUGACUUGUCACUCACACUCCUUAGGUGUGUGCACCUGGCUUUCGAGACCACAGGUUAAAAACACAGGCUCUGAAGAGAGAGGCCUUGGUUCAAACCCCAGUGCUGCUGCUUCCUCCCAGUGUGAACUCGGGUCACCCUUCGCUCUUCGCACCUCCUACUGGGAUCUGGGGAAAGGAUCCCUAGUGGCACAAUGGUUAAGUGUUUGGAUGCUAACCAAAAGGUUGGUGGUUAGAGUUCACUAGCCACUCCGAGGAAGAAAAGACCUGGUGAUCUGCUCCCGUAAAGAUUACAGCCUAGAAAACUCUAUGGGGCAGUUCUACUCUGUCACUUGUCAAUAUGAGUCAGAAUUCACUUGACAAACAUCCAACAACAAUGGGGGUAAAGAGAGGGCCUACCCCAUGGAGGGGGGUUCUGUGAGGCACUUCGUGGUGACGGGGUCAGGAGGCAGGGCUGGAUUUAACCGUGCAUGGCCUGGCCCCUACCUUCCUUAUUAAUCGUAGGCAAGUCACUGCCUCUGAAACUGUAAGUUAGGGGGCUGGUAAUAUUGCAGAAUUGCCAGGAGAAUUAGGAUAGCUUAUGCAUGCAAAGUGUAAAUUCCUUGGCAGCUGACACUUCACAGCCCAGCAAGGAAGGAGGAGUAUUGGGCCAGUCUCCUGAGGCUCAGGCAGCCAGAGCCUGGCUUCUAGGCCAGCCCGUGCUUUUAACCACUGAACCUGCACAUGGUUCACCAAGAGACUGCCAGGUCCCUGAGGAGCAUACUGGAAAUGUAGGGGGGUGAUUGGGGUUAUGGCAGAGAUGGGGUGGAGCUCUUGGCUGUUGGAUGGAGGUAUCUUCCAAUAGGCAGGGCAGCCCCGCACCACAAAGGAUGAUCCCUGAUCUCGUCCCAUUUUCAAAUGCUCCACCGAACAUUCCUGAAGGAAGGGGAAUGUUAAGAAUAUUUUACACCUGGUAAGGCUUGAACUCACCUGUGGGAGAAAGGCCUGGCGAUCUGCUUCCCUGAAGAUUACAGCCAAUGUCUGCCUUAGCAUUAUGCUCUUUUAAGAAUCAUCCAUAUGGGAUCAAAGUGACGACAGCAACUUGAAAUAUUAGAUAGGAAGCUUAGGGGCAGUGAGUUUAUGUGAAUGGGGGAGGAGCACCUCAGAAAAGGAGGGUGAGAAUGCUUGCACGGCUCAAAGAAUGUAAUCCAUGUCAUUGAAAUGCACCUGUAGAAACGGUCAAAUUGGUGUAUGUCUUGCUGUGUAUAUUCUCAACAACAACAAAAUAAAAUAAUAAAUUACAGCCAAGAAAACUCCAUAGAACAGCUCUACUCUGUAACACAUGGGGUCACCAUGAGUCAGAAUUGUUGACAACAGAAAUUGGUUGAUGUGUAAAAGAAAAAAAAAAAAUUGUUGAUGUCAUCUUCUGAUUGACACCAGCUGUUCCUAGCUGCACACUAAGACCACCUGAGCUGGGAUUUGAUACAGACAACCACAUCAAAUGCUUCCAGCAACUUCUCAUUAAAUCGAGACUUAUUAGGCAACUGGAGGUCUCAGUAGAGUUUUCUCUUGGCAUCAGGCAUAUUGUUUUGGUGUUUUAUUCUUUCUCAGCUGCUCCUGAACUAACAGUGGUUACAUGAAAAACUUUUCUGGCCUACAAAAUACUGUCUGAUCAUUUUAUAUGAUAUUUUUAUUAUUGACUAAGUUAAGCUAUGACAGAAAACCCAUUAGAAUUAACUUGUUGCACCUAGCGUUGCAACAAUUAAGUGUUCAGCUGCUAACUGAAACGUUGGUGGUUCAAACCCACCUAACAGCUCUGUGGGAGAAAGACCUGGCGAUCUGCUCCUGUAAAGAUUCCAGCCUAGAAGACACUAUGGGGCCGUUCCACUGUCACGUGAGGUUGCUAUGAGUCGAAAGUUGACUCGAAGACACCUAACAACAACAAUGAGCUUAUAUUAGAAUACAUACUAUUUAUGAAUUCUGCAGCUUCCAUAAUUACACUCAUACUAUUAGAUAGCCAGGACAGAGGUAUGUUAAUAUUUAAUAACGGGUACCUCCAUACUUGGGGGCAGCGGUGGUUCGGUGGUAGAAUUCUCACCUUCCAUGCAGGCGACUCAGGUUCAAUUACUAGUCAAUACGCCUCGUGAACAGCCACCACCCGUCUGUCAGUGGAGGCUUGCCUGUUGCUAUAUUCCUGAACAGUUUCAGCAGAACUUUCAGACUAAGAGGAACUAGAAGCCUGGAGAACUACUUCUGAAAUCCACCAAGGAAAACCCUAUGGAUCACCAUGGUGCCAUCCACAACUGUUGGUGGGGAUGGCACCAGGACCAGGCAGAAUUUCCUUUCCUUGUGUGUGGGAUGCCCAAGAGUUGGGGCCAGCCCCGCGGCAGCUAUCAACAAAAACAACCUCCGUACUAGUGCGUAAUGAGAAAAAAAAAAAAAAAAACCUAUUGCCAUCGAGUUGAUUCCAACUCAUAGUGACCCUAUAGGACCGAGUAGAAUUGCCCCACAGAGUUUCCAAGGAGUGGCUGGUGGAUUCGAACUGCCAACCUUUUUUUUGGUUAGCAGUGGAAUGCUUGACCACUGUGCCACCAGGGGUCCACUUGUGUCUUGGAAUCUGCAUUAAAUCACUGACCUGAGCCCCCUAAAUAAAUUUU